CGGGAGGGGAGGCGGAGCGGAGGCGGGGCUUGGGGGUGGUUGAAGCUCUGGUGGGUUGGUGGGUUCAGACCGAAGGGACUACGGGUCGGCGUUUGGCUCAGUGGGCUCGAAACAAAGGACUAUCCGGUAGGGACUCGGCGCGGUGCCUUCUGACCGGUAGCUGAGCGGCCCAUCGAGGUUUCUCGGCCAACCAGUACCCUCACCGCGCGGUCUCAGUAGGCAUCUCCUCGGUUCCCUACAGCCAGCGCCGUGGUGGGGGGCCCCGCACAGCGGCACCUGCUGCUGAGGGACCCCGCGGCCCGCCCAGGUGCUCAUGAUGGGGCUGAUCUUCGCUAAACUGUGGAGCCUCUUCUGUAACCAAGAACACAAAGUAAUUAUAGUGGGACUGGAUAAUGCAGGGAAAACCACCAUUCUUUACCAAUUCUUAAUGAAUGAAGUGGUUCAUACAUCCCCAACCAUAGGAAGCAACGUCGAAGAAAUAGUUGUGAAGAACACUCAUUUUCUCAUGUGGGAUAUUGGUGGUCAGGAGUCCCUGCGUUCAUCCUGGAACACGUAUUACUCAAACACAGAGUUCAUCAUUCUUGUUGUUGAUAGCAUUGACAGGGAGCGACUAGCCAUUACAAAAGAAGAACUAUACAGAAUGUUGGCUCAUGAGGAUUUACGGAAGGCUGCAGUCCUUAUCUUUGCAAAUAAACAAGAUAUGAAAGGGUGCAUGACAGCAGCUGAAAUCUCUAAAUACCUCACCCUUAGUUCAAUUAAGGAUCAUCCGUGGCACAUUCAGUCCUGCUGUGCUUUAACAGGAGAAGGGUUAUGCCAAGGUCUAGAGUGGAUGACCUCCCGGAUCGGUGUGAGAUAACUUUUUGCUUGAAAAGAGACUGCUCUAUUUAUUCUGUGACAUGAACAUUUUCUUAGUACCUUUGGCUGCUAAGGCAGCAGCAUGUUUAAUUUAUAACAACACAAACCUCUGUGAGCAACACUUGAAUCAAGUGCAGCUGAACUGGAACAUAAAAGAUUUUUUCUUAACUUUUUUUUAAUGCACUAAUCUUCAGUUGGAUGAACAUAAUGUGUAACUAUGUUUUCAGCAACAUAAUUCUUCUGACUGCUGAUUCUAACUAUUCAAUGACUGCCUUGUAAGAAAUGUUUGUCAUAUGUUUAAUGUUUUCGGAAGUAUUGUAAUACCUUUACUGACCAAUUUCUUUCAUUUCUUGACCACCCCCUUUCCCUACCAGAUAAUUACUGGUUUGACAUGGUAGUAGUGGAAAUCAUCAGGUUCUGCUUGCAAACUUAACUAGUACUAAAUAUUUGCUUCCUCUUCAAACCACUUACCUUUUGAACAGAACUUACUAUAGAGAAAGAAAUCUACCUAGAAGAUACUUAUAUAUAAGGAAGACUGACCAUCAUGAGACCUGCCUUUAAGUUAAUUUCUCCCACAUUGCAAGUCAUGGGAUAAUUUUAACUUACUAUUAGCUUGGAAAUUAAGUAGGCUGUUUAUCUAAAAGAAUUAAAUUCACUUUUCUGCCUCUAACACGAGAUUAGUUUUGACUGAAAACUAAUCAAGGAAAAAUAUUUGAAAGCCCAACUUUGAUGGUAAAUAUUUUGAUAAAUCUGAUAUUUUAAAAAUGUCAUAUUAUUCAACACAUACAUUAACUACCGGAAAUUAUUAAAGCGUACCAGCACUAGUAUCAAAACAAGACACUUGGAAUAUAUUUUACUAUCAAUUAUAAGCAACUUUUAUUAUCAGCAGAAAGUUCAACUAUUCCAUUUGCAAGGGAGAGCACAUCUGCUUAGGCAAUAGCUGAAGCGGAGUAUAAAUAUUUCAUUUCUUAAAAAUUUGAAAUUGUGUGUGAAUUUGAAGUGUUUCUACCACCAGCAGUAUAUUAUACUUAGAAAACCAUAUGACUUUCCCUUAAAUCUAUCUGAGGUUAUAGUGUGAUAGGCUUAAAACAGUUGCCCUCUUUAUAGAACCAGAUGUUCUAAAGUCUUUUGCUGGGUUACAGGAAACUGCUGAAUUUAAUCCUAGCUUUUAAAGUAUUACUAGGAGACUGAAAGUCAACACUAACAUAAAUUUUAAAAUAGGAAGAAAAAGUCAUAUGCUAUCAGAAGUUUAUUACAUAUCAUUGAAAAGUUUCAAGGCAGUUGUCUAAUAUGAACAGUAAUAUAAAUAGUGCAUACUUUAGAGGGAGGACAAAUAUUAUAAUUUUGAUCCUUUAUUUCAAAUGUGUGAUUUUGCUAUAAUGAAAGGGAUAGAAUGCAUACUUAGAGAAUAAUAAUUCAUUUUUGCAGUAUUUUUUUCAUUUGGGUCAAAAAUAGGAUUCAGUGUUCAUAAGAAUAUCAAAAUACCUGUUCAAAAGUGGUAUUUUAAUUUUAAUAUUUUUAUUGUAAAUUGGUUUUACUUUUGCUCUGUUUUCAGGUAUACUUGAUUUAUUAUAUUUAGUCUAAUUGAAUGUGGUAACAGUUUCUUUCUAUUUAGCGGUAGCACAUGCUAGAACUGAAAAAUGGCCAGAGGAAAGCUUUCUGGACUUUGGGAACUAGUGGUCUAUUAACCUUGUUUUGAACCUUUUUCUUAGUGAUUCUGUACCAGGUAGAGGGUAAAUUUUGUUUUUAAUAAAAUCCAUAAUCUAGACUGUGAGAGAAAGAGCAAACAUAAAUCAAUAUGGAUGCUUCGUGUUAUGUGCUUGGGGGCAGGGAGCAGGAAGAAUUAUGAAGACAACCAUUUACCUAAAGCACACUUUGCCAGAAUUUCUGUCUUGGUUGUAGAGUUCAGCCAUAAAUACUGAGGAUAAUUCUCUUAGCGCCAUCCUGAGAAAAUGUAUUUAUACCCUCGUAUCCAUCCCUAUUAUGAAAUUUAUCUUAUAUCUAGUAAGAUUGGCUGGCUCCGUUUUCUUCUAUCAAAUUAUACGGUUAUUUUUUUAUAUUACCACAUCAGCAUUAUAUUGAAAGUGUUUUUAAUAGUUGAUUGUAUUUUGUCCAACAACUACUAGUAUAGAUUCAAGUUUGCUAUUUAAUUUUUUAAAAUACAAUUUAUUUUCUAAAUUUUUUUAAAAAGCGUUUUGUUAGUUUGGGAUUAGAAAUGGUUUAUGUUAGCUGCGUUGAUAAUGAAAUCGAUAUC